AUGGAGACCUUUUCGAGACAACACAAACACCACGACGUCAAUAUCACAACCAAAGAUGUCUCUUCACGAAAAGCAAAACCUGGCCCUAUUCGUUCCUGGCUAUGGGAGACUCUGUCGUUAUUGUUGGCUCUGGGCUUGCUGAUAGCUACGAUUGUUAUCCCAGCACAGAACAACAACAGAGUCUUGAAACCAUGGCCGUACGACAUCAGUCUCAACACAAUUAUUGCUAUUCUCAGCACCUUUAUGAGAGCCUCGAUGUUGCUUGUCGUUGCUGAGCUCAUCGGCCAGAUGGGAUGGAAUGCUUUGCAGAAGCCCCGUCCUGUCUCCGAUCUUCAUCAUUUCAAUAAUGCUAGUCGCGGCAUCCUUGGAACGAUGAAGUUAUUCUGGACUGUUCCUCCACGACUCACGAGCAUUAUCGCCGCUCUUGUCAUUAUCGUAUCUCCUGCAAUCACUCCUUUCGCCCAGCAGUCUGUCAGUACAGUUCCUUGUGCAAGAACAGUCCAAGGGCAGGCAUCUCUACCAAUCUCUCAUUAUGUCCCUGCCAUCAAUUCAAGCUUUCAGACAGGUGCCGCCAGCAACGAACUUUCAGGUGAUAUGAAAGUCGCCAUGAUGAAUGGCCUUGUUAAUCCUACGGGCAAGGACACAGACGUAGCUGCAACUUGCUCUACUGGAAACUGCACAUUUCCAUCGAAUUCCCAAGGAAUAACCCAUUCCUCUGUUGCCAUGUGCAGUGCCUGCAUUGACACCUCGGAGUUCAUCGAAUUAAACAUUAGCAAGAAAAACGCUAGUGGAGCCGGGGGCUACGCCGGCAAGAUUUACAAUUACACUCUUCCAAAUGGGCAGUGGCUUCAGGCAAUCGACAGCAGCCAGGUAAUGGUCAUGUCUGGAGAUUUAGAAUGGGCGUUCGACACGCCUAACUCUAGGUUUGCCCAGUUGGCCAAAGUCGCUAUUUCGAACAUCACGACCCUAAGCUUCACGCAAAAGGGCUGCAACGUUACUACCAGCACAAACGCAACUUGUCCUGAGGAUAGGCUGACCUCAAAGGUCCCAGUGUCCCUGCGCUAUCAGAAUGCUGUAGCAACUUCAUGUGCCCUGUACCCUUGCAUCAAGAAAUACUACGGCAAGGUGGAGAGGGGAUCGCUUAUUGAGAAGGUGGUUGACGAGCAGCCCAUCGAUUACAACAGGGCUGCCAAUGACGAGGCAGGAAAUCGUGUUGGCGUACAAACCCCCUGUCUGAUCGAUGGCAAGGAAUACAAACUUGCAAACUUUUCCCAAACCAAGGAUCCCUCAGACUCUGAAACAAUUGUCCCGAUCGACGGUACCAACUACACAGUCCCGCAUCAAUGUGUCUACAGACUCACCUUUCGGUACCGGCAAGCACUCAGACGCUUCAUUGAGAAAACACUCUUCAACACCGUCUGCUUGGCCAAUGUUGUCGGCGGCGCAAAAGACCAGCUUGAUUGUGGCGACCAGUGGUGGCUACCUCCACUCUACAACUCAACGUUCGAAGGUCUCGAUGCUUCUUUUGACUUGUUCACAACCGCCAUAACAAACAAUUUCCGCAAGCAGGGUAUAAAGGCUAUAAGAGACGGUUCCCUGGAAGAUAAUGACAAAGCUACAGGUCAAGCUACAGAGAUGGCUAUCUGUACUGUGUUUGACUGGCGGUGGGUGCUGUUGCCGGCUGGUCUGAUGGCCAUCACGAUGCUCUUGUUGAUAGUCGCCGUUGUCCAGGGGUUUACUAACCCCGGAAUGCCAGUGUGGAAGACCUCAAUUCUUCCAUUGUUGUUUUAUGGGCCUAACGUGGUGGGCCACACGCAGGAGACGGACCUGGACGAUUUGCAGAAGGAGGCUGGAAGGGUGAUUGGGGACGGAAAGUUGAAGAAGCACUUUUGGGAGCAGGGCGUCAAAAGGAUCUAA